UACAAAAACGCUAUACAAAAUUCGAGUUACGUGUUAAUCGAGAAUACAUAGUAAUGGCUUCCUUUCUAUUGUUAUAUUUUUGCGGUACCAAAAUGCAUUUAGUUUAAUGAAGUUGUAACGUAAACUAAAUAAAUAUGAAUUAAAUAUUGCUGGCAAAAUGUCUGUGAUAUGGAAUACUAGUGGCUUAUGUCGUUGCUGCCAUGCCGAGGGAGAUUUCAAGGGUUUAAAUGAAUAUUCAAACGAGAUAACUGGAGAUGAUUGUUAUGUUUUGUUAAAAGACACGUUUGAUAUUAUUCUCCAUCCUCUACCAAACUCCAGGAUCCUGGUAUGCAGUGUAUGUGGUCCUCGGCUGAAGGAUGCUGUGCAAUUUAAGAAGCAGGUGCAACAAUGUGAAGAUAAACUGAGGGAGUUUGUCUAUGGAUGUGGGUUUAAAGAGGCUGAUAUUCUACAGAAAGAUAUAAAAGACGAAUUUGUACAAGAUGAACUGAAAGAAGAAUCAGUUCAUGAUACUGAAGACAGACUGGACAUUAAAUAUGAUGAAACCAGACUCCCAGAAAUAGAGGUGCUGAUCCAGCCUAUAGAAGAUGAUGACCAGCCCCUCUCCGUGCUGAGGAGUAGCAGAGCCAGGUCUGAGGAGAGUGAUGUGGAACCUGACGCUGAUUGGACAGCACCGCCGGAGUUGAGUGAUGAUGAACAACAGAAGCAUAAGAGCCAAAAAACAAAAAAGUACGCUUGCUCAAUAUGUGACAAGAAAUUUUCAUACAACGGCUCGUUUGAGGUCCAUAUGAAAGCUCACAACGGUGAGAAAACUUUCAAUUGCCACAUUUGUGGCUCAUCGCACACUAAUAACAAGGAAUUAACCAAACAUAUAGCAAAACAACAUAUAGUAGACAACCAAUACCCAUGCCAUAUAUGUGAGAAAUCAUUUGACAAACCCCGUCUUCUAAAAAAACAUUUAAAAACACAUUUUGAAGAGAAAUUCAAGUGUACGGAGUGCCAAAAAGAGUUUCAACGGAAGAAAGGUUUAAAAGAACAUAUGAAAACUCAUACCGGUGAGAGGAAAUAUAGUUGUACUAUAUGUAACAAGGCCUUCGGUCACAAUCAGACACUGAAGUCCCACAUGUAUACUCACACCGGAGAGAAACCGUAUGUCUGUGAUGUGUGUGGGAGACGGUUCCCUCAACGGACUCAUCUGAAAAGACAUAUCUAUAUUAUUCACACCGGAAUCAAACCGCACAGCUGCAAUGUGUGUAAUAAACAGUUUUCUAGCAAAAGCUACCUCGCUAUACAUGAAAGGCAGCAUACCGGUGAGAAACCGUACUCAUGUGAGGUUUGUAAAAAAGAUUUCACAGCGUACACAACCUUGAAAGUCCACAUGAGAGUCCACACUGGUUUUAAACCGUACUCCUGUGGUUUUUGCAGCAGACAAUUCGCUCAAAUGGCAAGUUUUAAACUUCACCAACGCACUCAUACCGGUGAAAAGCCUUUUUCUUGUAAGAUUUGUAAGAAACCGUUUUCUGAUAAUGGGUAUUUGAAAAUACAUAUGCGGGUUCAUUCAGGGGAGAAGCCUUUUAGCUGUGAUGUGUGUAAACGGUGUUUUAGGGAGACGGGGCAACUAAAGAGACAUAUGAGGAUACACACUGGUAUUAAACCGUAUACUUGCAAGAUAUGUAAUAAACAAAUAGGUAAUUUGUCGAAACAUAUGCGUGUUCACACUGAUGACAAACCAUUUUCUUGUAAUGUAUGUCAGAAACAGUUCUCAAUAAAUGGGAAUUUGAAACUGCACAUGCGUAUUCACACUGGGGAAAAGCCGUUUGCGUGUGAGUUGUGUAACAGUCAGUUCACACAGAGCAGUGGGUUGAAACGGCAUCGGUGUACGCAUGGUAAGGAUUUAGGUUCUUAAUUGUGUAGAAUACAGGGCCGUAUUUAAGGCAGGGGCAUAGCUAGCGCCGUUUCUACCAAUGUCAAUCUUUAUUUCUUUAUUAUUACUAUUAUAAAGCUGAAGAGUUUGUUUGUUUGUUUGAACGCGCUAAUCUCCGGAACUACUGGUCCGAUUUCAAUAUU